ACACCCGAAGGCCCGGAACGCACGGUCGGGAGCGGCCCAGAUCCGAGCAGCUAGGGUCCUCAGCCCUUGAGCGGCCAUGUCCAGCCCCAGUGCCCCACCUCCGUAUGAGGACCGCAACCCCCUCUACCCUGGCCCUCCACCCUCCGGAGGCUAUGGACAACCGUCUGUCCUCCCAGGCGGGUACCCUGCCUACCCUGCCUACACGCAGCCUGGCUACGGUCACCCUGCUGGCUACCCACAGCCUAUGCCCCCCAUCCACCCAAUGCCCAUGAACUACGGCCCAGGCGAGGGCUAUGGCGGGGAGGAGAGAGCAGUGAGUGACAACUUUGGGCCUGGAGACUGGGACGACAGGAAAGUCCGACACACCUUCAUCCGAAAGGUUUACUCCAUCAUCUCCAUCCAGCUGCUCAUCACAGUAGCCAUCAUUGCCAUCUUCACGUUUGUGACACCCGUGAGCAGUUUCGUGAGGAGAAAUGUGGCCGUCUACUAUGCGUCCUUUGCUGUCUUCCUGGCCACCUACCUGACCCUUGCCUGCUGCCAGGGACCCAGACGCCGGUUCCCGUGGAACAUCAUCUUGCUGACUCUCUUUACUCUUGCCAUGGGCUUCAUGACGGGCACCAUUGCCAGUACGUAUAAUACCAAAGCUGUCCUUAUUGCAAUGAUCAUCACUGCCGUGGUGUCCAUUUCAGUCACCAUCUUCUGCUUUCAGACCAAGGUGGACUUCACCUCAUGUGCAGGCCUCUUCUGUGUCUUGGGAAUCGUGCUGAUGGUGACUGGGAUUGUCACUGCCAUUGUGCUGUCCUUCAAAUAUGUUUACUGGCUUCACAUGCUCUAUGCUGCUCUGGGGGCCAUUGUCUUCACCCUGUUCCUGGCUUACGACACGCAGCUAGUUCUGGGGAACCGGAAGCACACCAUCAGCCCGGAGGACUACAUCACCGGUGCCCUGCAGAUCUACACGGACAUCGUCUACAUCUUCACCUUCGUGCUGCAGCUGAUGGGGGACCGCAACUAA